ACGCGCUUCUGUCAGAGUUUCUGUUUCUUAGAAACCACGACACCUUAACAUGAAGAUGUGGAGCCUUCAAAGCCUGCUGUUCACCCUGUGCAUUGCUCUGAGCCUUGUGAGGAGUGCAGCAGGGUUGAUCCGUGUUUCUGGAUAUAAAGGGGGAGAAGUUAAAGUUUCUUGUCCCUAUGGCCAGGGUUAUGAGUCUUAUGAGAAAUACCUGUGCAAGAAUGCCUGCAGCGAUGAGGAUGUUCUUAUUAAGACGACACAAUCAAAUAAGAACAAAUACUCCAUCCAUGAUGACAAUCAGAAAAAAGUCUUCACAACGACUAUCUCUGAACUGAGUCUUACAGAUGCUGGGCAAUACUGGUGCGGGGUGACCAGGAACGGAAAGGACAUCUACACUGAAGUAAAUCUGGAAGUAGGACAAGACAGCUGUUGUGACCAGUCCACCAAAGUCCAAAGUUAUGAGGAGAGUUCAGUGUCCGUCAGUUGUCAGUAUGAGUCUAAGUACCAGAACAAUCUGAAGUACAUCUGCAGUGGAAACCAGCCCUCUACAUGUCUGGUGAAGGCAAUUAUCACCUCUGACAACCAACAAACUGGACAGUUCAGACUUACUGAUGACAAGGUGUCGAGGACAUUCACAGUUACCAUUACCGGUCUGACCCAAGACAAUUCUGGGUCGUACCUUUGUGGUGUCCAUGGAAACACUGGCCUGGAUGUUUUCUCUGCUUUUGAGCUAGAAGUCAAAGAGUGGUGCUGUAUAAAGUCAAACAAACUGAGUGGCAUUGUGGGACGCACAGUAACUAUGCAGUGUCCCUACCCACCACAACACAGACAUAGCAGGAAGUUCCUCUGUAAGGGAGACCAUCGCAACAACUGUACAGACAUGGUGACAAGCCAAAGCAGGUUCACACUGCAAGAUGAUGUUUCUUCCAGCACUUUCUUGGUGAUAAUCACAGAGUUGAAAGCAGGGGAUGCUGGGACAUUCUGGUGUGGUUCGGACCCACAGUGGAGUGCUGAAAACUACACCAAGAUUCAACUGUCAGCAAUCUUUCCACAGCAAACCAGCACUGGGAUCUCUACCAUCACUGUGGUGGAACCUGUCGGAUCACAAACAACACUUAUCCCUGGAAAACCGAUCAUAACAACUGCUCACGCUGUGGGUUUGACUGUGCUGGGUGGGCUGCUCACUUUGACAUUUGGCCUGGUCAUAGUUUAUAAAUACAAAUGUAACAAAGUGCAAGGAACUGGAGCCAACAUGAACAGAAACAAAACCAAGGCAGCCGAAACAGAGGAAGUGAUUGAUGUAGCCGAUAUUUAUGAAAACCAUGACGUAGCUUGCUCAAAGCAGGGGUCUUCCAAACCACAGAGCUCCUGUCAACACUAUGAUGAUGCAGGUGAAACCGAACAAGAGACUGUGUACCAAAACUUCACAACAGCAGAUGAUAUCUACUGCAAUCAAAUGUACAUUAAAGGCAAACGGUGAUGAACAGCAUGCAUAUCUGUGAUCAAACCUUGCAUUUUGGGGUCAAAUCUGUAACCAAACGAUCCUGUUGUCACAUGUAAUACGUCUAUUAACAGCUGACCAACACGUUUCACGUACCGCGGUUCUCCAACCUUUUCAAUGUCUGACUGAAAAUUACAGAACAAUGAUUAUUAUUACACUCAUUAUGAUUGCUUUUUAAAAUAUACAUACAUUUUAUAAGUAUAUGUGAUUUUUUUUUAAAGAAAAUGUGGAUGACCAUUUCAGCUUAUUACCCCAAAUGUAAGUUCCCUUUAUGUAUAUAUAUGCACUUCUUAGUAAAAGUAUAAUAAAACAAU